GUCGAUUUGAUGUAAAUUAAAUAGAGCAGACUUUGAAUAUGGCCCACCACGAAUCAGCAUCUCAUGGACCCCUUGCACCAGUGUAAUUUUAUGCUUUGAUUUGUGUUGCGGUUCGAUUGGCGCUGAAGUUGUUAUUCCCAAGCAGUAAAGUUUAUACGCGUAUCACACAUCGACGCACCUUAUUUUCCUCUUCUCGACUUUUACUUCUUGCUCUUCCAAUGACACCACCUACUUGCUCGACAUUCGCUGUACCCGUUGGCAUACCCGUAUAUGGCGUUACGUUCACCCCAACUAACCAACUUCUUAUUGGAGGCGGUGGUGGUCCAGGUCGCUCAGGUGUUCAGAACAAACUUGUGUCAUAUAAAGUUGAGCCACGCAGAAAAGAUCUCGAAGAAGAAGCAGUGUACGAUCUUUCUAACGAUGAAGAUGCGCCCAUGUGUCUCGAUGCUCAUCCUACUGAGAAUGUGGUAGUGGCAGGCAUCAAUAGCACCGAGCAAAAUAUCAAGAAAGGCGAAAAUAAAAACUGCCGAGUGUUUAAAGUUCUCGAGUCACAGUUCGAAUUGACGAAAUCAUUAGCUUCAAUAACAAGCAAAAGUGCCGAGGACUAUCAGAAAGUAAUCCGCUUCAAUUCGGACGGCACCUUGUUUGCUACUGGCUCGUCCAAUGGUCAAGUGCGUGUAUACAGCUAUCCAAGUUUGGAACCUGCUUGCGACGCAAUCGAAUCCUCGGGUGAUGAUGAGGUGAUGGAUGUGGAUAUUUCAUUGGAAAAGGACAAGUUGACUUUUCUGUUGCGGGAUGCUAUCAAACUUGUCAAUUUGCGCGGCCGCCAUGCCGGCAAAGUCAAGCAAACGAUCUCACCAGCAACGAUUGACAACAAACAAAAAUUCCAAUUCCGUAGUUUCCGAUAUGGUCGAUUAUACUGUAAAGAUUUUGCCUAUCUAGUGGCAAACAGUCCGAAGGGAGGAUAUGUUGUCAAGCUUGAUGCAUAUACUCUGGAGCGUGUCCAGAUGGUUAGAAUCAGCAAAAAGCCAAUCACAGCGUUCUGCAUCAGUCAGGACGGUGGUGUCAUUGCUGCAGCUUCAUCCGAUUACACUAUUAGUUUAUACGAGUCAAACUCUCUGCGCUUACUUUAUCAGCUUAAGGAAGCCCAUGGAUUCGCGAUAACCAGUAUUGCCAUCAGUCCUGAUCGCCGUUUAUUGGCAAGUGGCUCGGCCGACAACAGCUGUCGUAUUAUAACUUUACCAGAGCAGUUUUCAAACGCUGUCGCAGCCAUCAAUCCCCUCAAGACUGUGUUAUUAGCCGUUGUCACUGCUUUCUUGAUUCUGCUCAUCAUACACUUCAUCAGUUCUGGCACAAGCGAACAGACACUGUUGGAUUCUAUAAAGGGAUCUCCGGCUAUAACUACUACAACGGAUAUCCAAGCAACAUCGACGAUUUUGACUACUACUGCUGCUGCUAACAUUGAGACAGGCACUAUUACUGCAAGUGCAAAUGAUAACGACAAUGGUGAUAGCAUCAAUAUGGAUUCAACCACCCUUAUUUACUCUGUUACUCAUACAAAAGACGAACUUUAAUAAUCUCCCCCACUCACCUCAGCACGUUGUCCAUUCUUUCCAUCCCUCUUUUACCUAAAAGCAAGCAGCAGCCUACAAUAGACGCUUUCUAAUAUUAUUAUUACUUUUGUCUAAAAUAAAAAAAAGUUUACAUCAAA